GAAAACACUAAGACCCUUGUGCACAUGACCUGGCUUUUCAAUCAGACUGAACUGAGAGAGGAAAAUGCUCUGGUUUUCAGCACUAACACGCUAAUUUCCUCCGCCUGCAGUGUGAAAAUCAAGGCGAGAAACAAGAACAAUUGGAGGUGCUAAUCACAGCGAGCAAAAACAAUUCUGCCAAUUGUAUAAAUUGCGAGGUUCAGCCAAGUGAAGCCACACUUGACAACCCGCAGUUCACCCAAAAACAGCUUUGAUAGCAGAACGUCCAAUUAAAUAACCACCAAAAUGCAUUACAACAAGAUACUCCUACAACUGAUUGCCUGUUUUGCUACCCUGGAGCUGGUGAUCGGUUAUCCCCAGGAGCGUAUUACUUCAGCGGAACAGAUCCAAAGACUGAGUGAAGCCAACGAUGGAGGAAAUCAAGCCCUGACAUCCAGUGAGGUUCUCGAAGAUCUCUACAGAUAUGGGAGAACUCUGAGCAGAUUGCGUAGAGCUCUGGAGGAGCUGGCCUAUGAGGAGGCGGCCGAUGACAUGGAGCUGGCCGAGAUCAAUGUAUUCCGACCUCUUUUCCGCUACCGAUCUCAGGUGGUGAAGGUGAAGAAUCCCCAGCAACAGCAGUUCGGCUAACAGUUGGGUAAAACUAAGUAAUUUAGGCGUACUCACCCCGACUCAUUUCCAAAAACUGAUCAUAUACCAUUGAUAUUUUGUACCAAACCUAGUCUCUUAAGAAAUGAAACAAACCUAUUUAUACUGUUAAACAUUUAAA